AGUAUCCAUAAGGGACAAAAAAAAUGCAUAAAUUGCCAAAAUUCAAAAUUUGAAUGGCGCCUUUACACAGAAGUGGAAACUAAUCCUUCAUCAGAAAAGAAAAUUUACUCAAAGCUUCAAAGGCAAUUCAGCCAUGGAAGACGACACCAUUUCCAGAAUUCUUGCAGACCUCGAAGCUCACCAUAAUCUCAACCCAUCAUCACCCCUCUCUCGAUCAAUCCUCUUAGAUCUCCAAUCCUUCUUAAACUGUCAAAUUCAAGCCCGAAAUUCCGGCGACGAUGAAGAUCCACCUCAAACCAAUCUUCUUUGGGACGAAUUAUCUACUCGAGGGCUUUCUGUUACGUCUCUUAUCAACCCAAUUUCAGCUGCAAUGGAUUCUAGUUCUUCUUUGUCCUUGCUCGCUUCUACUGUUUACUUAUCCCUUUUUCUAUCUCCUAAUGCUCCCGUUUUCUCUCUCUUCACUCCUAUUUCGUUUCUCUCUGUUCUUCGCUCCAUUCGAAUUUCUUUGAAGCCGCAGAAAGUGGGUUCUAUCCAUUCUUCUUCUAAUGAACGUUCUAGAAAACGGGGCCGAGGUAAAAGCGCUAGGGUUUCUAAUUCAGAGGAAAAUGAUGAUGAUAAUGAAGGAGAGGGAUUGGAGACUGAAUUCGACAUUAAUUUGUUGAUGAAUGUACUUGAUAAAUUAGUUGUUGUAUUGGGUUUGGUUCAUUUAGGAAGGUUUCCUGAUAGUUUAAAAUCUUUGGUUCAAACAGUGGCUGAUAUUCCAAUAUUGGGGAUCGAUUUGUGUGGUAAUAAUUCUGGGCAUUGCAAGAAGUUGUUUAAUUUUUGUUCCAGCAUAUUGCGCCAUGUUUUGAGGCCCGAGCAUGGAGAACAAUUGAUGACAGCUGCUGAGGUAUUGAAAUCUUUAACAUCCUUGAUUUUUUCGACGAAAUCUCAAGCUAGAAGUUUUGCUCUUUUGUUUGUCAAAAAUGAGAUGAUGGGUAUGUCAAAAACUUCCGAAUUUUUGAAAAAUGCUAUAGUGAAUUUUCCUAGGUAUUUAGCUCAAAAGGCACCUGAAAAAUCAGAUGCUAGAACCUUAGCUGUGGAAUCUGUAAUGGAUAUUAUUAAAGCUAUGGAUUUUGGUGAUCAAAUUGGGUUUGUCGAUUACGUUCUCAAAAUGUCUCAAGGGAAAUCUCAUCUUAGAUAUAUGGCUGUUGAUCUCAUUCCGAAACUUUUGAUGUUGAUACAAGUUCCUUCAAGUUCAGAAUCAGACUGUGAAGAAGGGGAAUCGUGGAAAUUGAGGAGCUUGGUGGCGUUGAUCCAGCGCUGUUCUGAUUCAGUUGCAGGGAUAAGGGCGCGAGCUCUAUCGAGUUUAGCACAACUUGUAGGUAAUCUAUCAGAUAACCUCAAAGAUUGCGCGGUGUUCAGGGACGCAUUGGGUAUUGAAGGUGGCAAACAGGGCAGAACGAAUGACCUCUUGAAGAAGAGGUGUACAGAUGAGAAAGCGGUUGUUCGGAGGGCUGCACUUUUGCUUAUAACUAAAUUGUUGACUCUUUCUGGCGGCUCCUUGGAUCCUGGCAUUCUUAAGAUAAUGGGAAUGACAUGUUCUGAUCCACUAAUCAGCAUAAGGAAAGCUGCAAUUUCAGCUCUUUCAGAGGCUUUCAAAAUAUUUUCAGAUGAAAGUGUUAUCAUUGAGUGGCUUCAUUCUGUUCCUCGGUUGAUAAUUGAUAGUGAGACUAGUAUUCAAGAGGAAUGUGAGAAUUUGUUUAUGGAGCUCGUCAUAGAUAAAGUUUCUGUAGCUGGGUCACGAGCAUCUAUUGAUGCUUCUAUCGUCCCAAAUUCAAUAACAAGCACUAGAAAUUUUGAGAAAUAUCUUGAGGAAAUGUACCCAGGAGGAGUAAUGGUUUUAUUAAGGGAGAUGUGCGAAGGUGAAAUCAUACCUUGGGUUAAAAAGAUUUGCACUAGCCUUGGUAAGAAGAGAAGAUUUAGGCCCAGAAUUGCUACCGCUCUUCAGAAUAUCAUCAGAACAUCAGAAGCCCUUUGGUUGUCACAUUCCUUGCCAAUAGAGAACUGGGCAGCCCCUCCUGGUGCUUGGCUUCUUCUGUCAGAGGUCUCGACAUUUCUUCCUAAAGCAGUGGAAUGGGAAUUCCUUUAUCAUCACUGGAAGCUACUAGACAAAGAUGGAAGUACAGAUGGAUUUAAGUCUCAAAGCGAUGACGGCAUUAUGCAUUCACCAGUUGAUGGCAUGGAAUCAAAUUCAGUGUACUGGGCUGGUGAUCGUGUUUUAUUGCUGCAAACAAUCUCCAAUGUUUCUGUAGAGUUGUCCCCUGAACCUGCUGCACAAUUGGCUCAUGAUCUGUUUAAGCGGAUAGAGGGAUUCAACAUGCAUUCUACUGAGGUUAAUGCUCAUGUUAAAGCACUUAAAACAUUGUGUAAACGAAAAACUAUGAGUUCUGAGGAGGCGGAUGCACUGGUUACAAAAUCAGUUGAUCAACUCUUUUGUAAAGCUUGUCAUGUUAUAGAUAAGUAUCUAUCAGAAGAAGAAAAGGCAAGUAAAGAGAAUGACCUUUUUACACCACCUAGAAGCAACACUAGAAAGGGUAGAAGGGAGGCUUCUUCAUCAAAGUCGUUAUUACAAGCUACAACAGCAGUUUACACUAUAGGUUCCUUGGUCAUUAUCUGUCCAUCCUUAGAUUUGAAAUCCAUUGUUCCAAUUCUGUACAGCAUGAUUACGUCAGGAACUCCUGAUCCUACAUCAAAUAAGUUACCUGGCUCUACAAUUUUAAUAAAGGAAAAAGCUCCGUGUUUGUAUAUUCAGGCAUGGCUUACAAUGGGGAAAGUUUGCCUUGCUGAUGGGAAGCUUGCCAAAAGAUUUAUUCCCUUGUUCGUACAGGAGCUUGAGAAGAGUGAUUGUGCUGCACUUAGGAACAAUAUUGUUGUAAUCAUGGCAGACUUUUGUGUUCGUUACACUGCCUUGGUUGACUGCUACAUUGGGAAAAUUACUAAGUGCCUUCGCGACUCAUGUGAACUUGUUAGAAGGCAAACCUUCAUACUACUUUCCAGAUUAUUGCAGACUGAUUAUGUCAAGUGGAGAGGGGUACUUUUCCUGCGGUUUCUGUUGUCCCUUGUUGAUGAAUCAGAAAAGAUUAGACAGCUUGCUGAUUUUCUUUUCGGAAAUAUAUUGAAAGCUAAGGCUCCUCUUCUAGCUUACAACAGUUUUGUGGAAGCAGUUUUUGUUCUAAAUGACUGUGAUGCUCAUGAGGCAAAUAACAAGUCUCAUAGCUCAAAAGUUGAAAACAGACUUUUCUCAAUCAGAGGUAAUGAUGAGAAGGCAAGGUCUAGAAGGAUGCACAUAUAUGUUUCUUUGUUGAAGCAAAUGGCUCCGGAGCACCUAUUAGCUACGUUUGCAAAAAUAUGUGCUGAAAUCCUUGCUGCUGCAUCUGAUGGCAUCCUUAGUGUGGAUGAUGUUAACGGACAGUCUGUAUUACAGGAUGCCUUCCGUAUCCUCAUCUGCAAAGAGAUACGACUCCCAUCAAACCGUGUAUCAUCCUCCAAUCUCGCUGAAAUGGACGAAGAAGGGGGGGACGGCAGUGCAGCAUCCGCUGCUGCUUCCAGAGGAAGAGCCAUAACGCAAGCAGUGAAGAAGGGUCUCAUUCAAAAUACCAUCCCCAUAUUUAUCGAGUUAAAGCGUUUACUAGAAAACAAGAACAGCCCUCUCAUUGGCUCCCUCAUGGAAUGCCUUCAUGUGCUUCUCAAAGACUACAAAAAUGAAAUCGAGGACAUAUUGGUUGCAGAUAAACAGCUACAAAAAGAGCUUAUGUACGAUAUGCAAAAAUACGAAACCACCAAGGCUAAAUCGACAGCUGCAGAAGCCUUUGCUACUAUGCAUAAAAAGAAAUCGCAGUCGUAUCAUACGCCAGGAAAGCCAGACGCCACAAAUGAGAAGAGUAAGCUGUCGAAGAAACUGCAUAGUGAUUCAAAGGUGGCUUCGGCAAUGGCAGAUGUAGCAGCUGCGAGUGUUGCUAAGUCCGUAUUGAAGGAAGUAAACAAAGGAGCUUUAUCGCCUCCUUUGAGUAUGCUUAGUAUCCCUCAGUUAAGAACUUCCGAAAGAACAGGUCAUUCUAAGGCACAUAAGUCUGCAGAUGUUAUAGAAUCUCUUAGAAGGCGGCAGACGUUUGAGUUUGAUGAAGAAAAUUAAGGUGUAACAAUAUUGUAUCUUGUAUGCACUACUCGUGCUUCAGUCCAUCUAGUUCGAUAUUUAGUCAGCUAGACGAGUGUAAAUACGACAUCAUUCGUGUUUUGCUUACCUUAACUCGGUUAUCUGAACUUGAAAUAACGCAAAAAAAAAAAAAUGAAGUUACAGCGAGGAGAACAUACACUUGGUGUUUGGUAUGUUAUUUAAGUGUUGAUGAAAGUUCAACAUUAUUUAAA